UAUUAGUCAAUUUGACGUACUCGCUAACAGUGGCAGCGACAAACAACUUCUUGCUCACAAAUAAACUUUUCCAGUUGGAGAAAGAAACAUGGUUAGCUAACAGUUAGCUGGGCUAACAGCGUCAGUUGGCAUCUCGUUGUCAGACUGUUAGGAAGCCACCUGACAACCGCUCACAUGAUUUCCAAUACCGCAACCUAACUCCAGGGUGCAUAUUUUCGAUAUACGUUUUUGUUUUUAGGUGCAGUUUGAAUCACGGGGGUCUGAGUUGGGUUGUUUACUAAACAACAACAAGAAACACAAACAACAUGUUUGGUAAGAAGAAGAGAGCACCGAUGCCGAAAGGGCAGGGCGCUGCUGCAGCCAAGCAGAUGGGUUUGUUCGUAGACCUGAACCCAGAGGAGAUGAUAAUGGGAAUGGAGGAGAAUCUGGACGAUCCGGACCUAGAAGCGGAACUUGCUGCUAUUACUGGAAAUAAAGCUAUUGCAGGAGGAAGAGCCAAGCCGAAGGGUAAAAACCCCCUGCCUAUGGAGGACAUUGGAAGAAUGGCUGACGAGUGUAUGAGAGAUGUAGACGAGGAUGAUGAUGACGACGACAAUGUUGAAGAUGACGAAGAGCUGUUGGCAGAGCUACAGGAAGUGGUGUGUGAGGAGGAGGGCGAGGAUGUCGUAUCUGCUUCCUCCACAUCCUCUGUCACUGAUGAGUCUUGUCAAGCUGAAACACCAGAGUCCCCAGUGGUGCAGCAGCAGGAAAUAAAGGCUUCCUCAGCAGCACCCGGCAGCCUCCAACAUACCUUGGAGGAGCGAGUAGCCAUGUACAAGGCAGCUAUAGAGCAUGCCAAAACUGUAGGGGAGACAUCCAAAGUUAGAAGAUAUGACCGUGGCCUGAAGACAUUGGAGUCAAUGCUGGCUGAUGUGAAAAAAGGGAGGCCUGUAACGGAGGCAGAGAUCCCUCCGCCUGUUGCCACUGGAGCCCCGAGAGCUGCCCCUCAGCCAACUGUUCCUGCAAGACCUGCUCCCCCUGUACCUUCACCUCCUGAGCCCGCUCAUCAGGAGGAGUUGGUGGCUUUAACUCUGCCGCCUGCUGUGCCUGAAAUCAUCACACCCAACAGUGAGGAGCAUCAGUCUUUUUCUGCUUCCCUGCCCUCUUCGAGCAGCCUCCCAUCACCUGAGGAUCAAACUGAGGGAUCUGCUGAACCCUUGCAGACCAUUCAGACAGAUGCAAAUGAGGCGACCAAGGCGAUGCUUUUAGAGAGGCAGAAAGAAUACAAGGUGGCAGCUCUAAGAGCCAAGAAGCAAGGAGAUAUGGAGCAAGCAAAACUUUUCUUCAAGAUCAGCAAGAGGUUCGAUGCAGUGGUGGAGGCGUUGGAGAAAGGACAAGCAGUCGACCUCGGUGACCUUCCUCCAUCUCCAGGAGAGGGUGCAGGAGGAAGCUCUGCCGCAGUAAAUGAACCUUUCUCUGAGGAAAACACACACGUCACCCAACCAGUUGCAACAGCUCCAGUCCCUGCUGCCCCUUCAGCUCCCAAAGAUGUGUUGGAGGCUCUUGAACAGAGGCGAGACAAGUAUGUGGAGGCGUGUGCUCAGGCUAAAGCCAGCGGAGAUGACCGCAAGGCGCGAAUGCAUGACCGUAUUGCUAAGCAAUAUCAAAGUGCCAUCCGAACUCACAAAGCAGGGAAAUCAGUCAACUUUGAUGAGCUGCCGGUUCCGCCUGGCUUUCCUCCAAUCCCCGGACAGAAAGCAGCAGGAGCUGAGCAGGGACUUAUUGUUGCUCUUGAGGCUGCCAGCAAACUCGCUUCUACUGAUGUUGCUGAAGUAGGAGAUGAAGAAGAUGAUGAGAGGGAGGAAGAGUCAAAACCUGCUGUUCCACAAAAGCCAAAGAAGCCCGUGUUAGACAUUUCCACUUCAGGUCCAAGACCAAAAAGAUCUCCUUCAGCUUCACCUGACAGAAAAGCUCAGAGGGAAGGACUCUCUCCAGCAGGUCAGCAUGCUGCAGUUCAGCAGCUGGAGCUCCUGGAGGGUCGGAAGAAACAGUACAUGAAAGCGGCCCUGCAGGCGAAGCAGAAGAAUGACAUGGAGCAGGCAAAGAUUUUCCUCCGCACCGCAAAGAGCUUGGACCCCAUGAUUGAAGCAGCACGCAGCGGCAAAUCUGUAGACAUCAGCACAAUGCCGUCGCCCCCUGGUGACGAAGAGGACGACUUCAUCCUGGUUCAUCACAGCGAAGUGCAGAUUUCUGAGAAAGCAGAGGAGGUUUACACACAGCUGUCAAAGAUCCUGAAAGAGCAGUAUGAGAAAUGCUUGACUUACUCGAAGCAGUUCACACAUCUGGGGAACGUUGCUGAAACAACAAAGUUUGAGAAAAUGGCAGAAAGCUGUAAGAAGAGUAUGGAGGUUCUGAAACUGGCUCAGUCGAAGGGUCUGUCUCCACCUAAUCAUCACUUUGAGGAGAGAUCAUUUCGUACUGUGAGAAUAUUUCCAGAGCUGAGCAGCACUGACCUGGUUGUUGUCAUUGUGAAAGGAAUGAAUCUUCCUACGCCUAGCGGAAUCCAGCCAAGUGAUCUGAAUGUCUACGUCAAGUUUGACUUCCCCUACCCCAGCACGGAUCAGCCGCAGAGACACAAAACGACUGUCAUCAAGAACACUAACUCUCCUGAAUACAACCAGAGCUUCACGCUGUCCAUCAACCGUAACCACCGCGGCUUCAGGAGGUUGGUGUCGUCUAAAGGCCUCAAACUGGAACUGCUGCACAAGGGGGGCUUCCUGCGGAGCGACAAGCCCAUCGGGAUGGCCCUCUUGAAGUUGGAAAAACUAGAGUCACAGAGCGAAAUCAGGGAGAUCGUAGAGGUGAUGGAUGGACGAAAGCACACAGGAGGUCGUGUUGAGGUGAAGAUCCGACUGCGCGAGCCUCUGAGCGGUCAGGACAUGCAGACGAGCACAGAGCGCUGGCUGGUUAUCGACUCAUAAAAGAUGACAGGCACUCAAAAACACUCAAGAGGAGGAGGAAGGAGGAAGGAGGAGCACAAGGCGGUCGGGGAUCAAGGGUGUUCAGUUUGCACUGAACUAGUCUCUGACCUAUUAAAACUUUUGCACAUUU